AUGGACACAGACGCAGGCAUGCACCAAAACCAACACAACAACCAACAGUUCAAAAUCCAGCACAGCAACCACCUCCACAACCAGCACAGCAACCAACAGUUCAAAACCCUGCACAGCAACAACAACCAACACAACAACCACCUCCACAACCAGCACAACAACCACCUCCACAACCAGCACAGCAACCACAAACAGAGCAAGGACAUAAAAGAAGUAGAGAACAAGGAAACCAAGAAUUCUUAA